AUGUCCGAUCAAUCUUCUCUCUCUUCUGCUGCUGGCGUAGCUGCUGGACACGCCAAGCUAGCCCAAGGUGCCGCCUCAGUGAGUCUUUUCGUCUAGCCCACCAGCGGCCUUCUGGAUGAAGUGCUCUUUGCCUUUGCGCUGCAUGUCGUGCAUGUCGCGCACCGGUCAUCGAGGAGGCGCGACUGCAUGCCGUGCCAUCGUCGACCUAUGCUGACACGCUCCCCCUUGCCUAUCUCGCUCAUUGCGCGCCCGCUCGCCCCGCACGCAGGAAGCGAUCGGCAAUGCGACUGGCAGCGAAGCGUGGCAGCAAUCCGGUGCGGACACAAAGGCGGCCGCCACUCAAGAGAUCAAGCAAGCUGCUCAGUCGGGUCCCGAUGCCAAGGCUCAAGGUGGCGUGACUGGCACGGCCGCCGAGCUUGCUGACAAGGGUGAGUUUCAGACAUGGGGUAGAUGCUCGCCUAGCAGGUGAUUGAUCCCUUCUGCAAUGCGUACAGCUUGCCCCCAGACUGGCGACGGCGUUGGCAGCAAGUGA